UCAUUCACAGUCGUUGGUCAGAACUGCAGUGGUAGAAAUCUCGACACGGGUGUUUUGUGAUGUGGUGUUUUGCUCCUAAGGACUAGCAACUCAUUUUCAGAAUGGGGACAUUUAUUAAGUUACUUCUGGCUGUAUGCACACUGCUUCUGACGGCAAACUUUAUUCCCAUUGUGAAUACGUACAGGAGCCCAUGGACACCUUCUGAUUACAGUAUGGCUGGGUCGAGGAGGGCCAGAGCUGUAAACAGACCAGCACCCAUCAACUGUCAACUGCAGGCCUGGUCAUCUUGGACGUCCUGUGACUCCUGCACAGACCAGAAGGGCCGUUUCCGGCGCAUGGAGAAGCCCUCCCAGUUCGGUGGCACAGAGUGCGUUGAGUCCCUGUGGGAAAAGCUGGCAUGUCCGUCAGCAGCAACGGAGUGUCUGGUGACGGAUUACUGUGGAGAGAGAUUUACCUGCAAAGAAACAGGUCGCUGCAUCAGCCAGUCCCUUCGCUGCAACGGAGAAUCAGACUGCAACGACUUUUCCGACGAAGACGGCUGUGAAGUCGUCAACCGGAGGGGUGACAAGUGUUCGACCUUACUGCCGAUCCCCAGUGCUGAACGCGGCACUCAGGGCUACAACGUCUUGACUGGAGACUUUGUGGAUCGAGUGCUCGACUCGAAUUACUUUGGAGGAAAGUGUGAAUACGUCUAUAAUGGUGAAUGGAGAAAAUUCAUUUAUGAAGCAGUCUGUGAAAACCUGCGCUACAACGAAGACGAAAAGAACUACAGGAAACCUCACAACUACCACACAUACCAAUUUGUGGCUGAAGCUACGUCAGAGGGCUCACAGGACUACUUCACCGAUGCUGUGAGCCUGCUGAAUGCCAGGAAAACGAUGAGUUCUGCCAACGGCGGUGUCACCCUUGGGAUCUAUAAAGUGGAAGUGGGACUGAGUGGAAGUUCUGAAUCAGAGUUCUUCAACAACGUAACGCAAUAUAAUAGCCAGGAACUAGGCUUCGUUAGGCUUUUUUCCAAAGUGCAAACAGCCCACUUCAAAAUGAGAAGUAAUAAGCUGAUGCUUGAUGAAGAGUUCUACGUUUCACUGAUGGAGCUGCCCGAGCAGUACCAUUUCGGGACGUACUCCCGCUUCUUCAACACAUUUGGCACCCACUACGUCACGGAGGGAACAAUGGGAGGAACCCUCGAAUAUGUUGUGGUUCUCAACAAAACGGCCAUGGCAGAGUCAAAUACGGAGGCUGAACAAGCUGGUGUUUGCUUAGGCGCCUCUAUCGGUCUGUCCCAGAACCUCUCCACCAAUGUAAAUGUAGACCUCAAAGUGAAAGGAAACGUUUGCAGAAAGGAAAGAAGUACUCAUCGAACCAACGACUCCGAUUCAGCCGAGAUCGUGGACAUUGUCAGUCUGGUGAAAGGGGGAGUCACGCACAGCAGCGCGGGCCUGUUGGCCAUCAGGAACCCCGACACCUACAGGAGCUGGGGAGCGUCCCUCAGAUACAACCCAACGCUCAUCGAAUAUGAGACCAUGCCAAUUUAUGAGCUUGUGCGCCUCAGUACAGCCGCCGACCAUGUAGGUGCAAGACUGGCCAACUUGGAGAGGGGCUGGGACGAGUAUCAGCGGCAGUUUGACUCCUGUCGCUGCGCCCCCUGCAGGCACAACGGCAUCCCUGUCCUAACCGGGACGUCCUGCCGAUGCGUCUGCAAGCCGGGCUUCCAGGGAAAGGCCUGCGAAGAGACUCUCAGGAAAGACGCCCCGACAGAUGGGUCGUGGUCAUGCUGGGGGGCCUGGUCCUCCUGCUCAUCAGGGAAGAAGACCCGGACCAGAACCUGUGAUAAUCCUGCUCCUGACGGCGGUGGAACAACCUGCCUGGGCUCCUCCUCUCAGGCUCAACGCUGUUAAAAGUCACGCUGGUUCCAGUGUGAAGCCGUUGAGGGCUGCGUGGACAUAAUACAAGCGUUUUCUAAUGAAUAAAAAUGCUCCACUA